AUGCAGAAAUCUUCGAAAUUUGGAAUACGAGUUACAGGCGACAAGAUGGAUAGUGAAUCAGCCAUCAUAAUUUCCAAUCAUGCUUCAUUACUUGAUCAUGUAGUAUUGGCACACUUGGCUCAACACGAGACUGACGAGACCAUGGCUAAACCAAGAGUUUCAUUCUUCACUUGGUUUUCUCUAUGGACCCUUCCUUCUACCAGAGCAAUCCGAAAUAUGGCGAAACUGGAUGAAAACUGGGAGUUGAGUCUGAAUGCCGGAGUUCAUAUAUUCAAAUCUGUUUUGAACUCUUCUGUAAAUGAUUGGAUUGUCAUAUUUCCCGAGGUGAAUAUUUUCAACAGCGAGAGUAAAUCUCGCCAAGAUUACCUUGGAAACAAGUAUUUCCUUCCAAAGUUACAGCAUCUCCUAUACCCCCGAACACAGUCGGUCUUCAGUUUAUCUUCAGCACUCUCUGGCGACUAUAAGUUCAACAAGAUGUACAACGUUACCAUAUGUUACUUUGCUCGAAAUGAAGAUUCGACGGUGUCACUCAUCAAUCCAACAUUACUAGAUUUAUUUGCAGCCAAAUCAGAAACCUUGGUUGUGGUGCAUGUCAAACAGCACUUAAUAAAGAAGCUUAAGUACAAGCGACCAAGGCUUGAAAGGUGGUUGGAAAAAGUGUGGUUGGAAAAAGACGCCGUAGUUCAGGCCAGUGUGGACUCUAAACUCACUCUUCCAGGAUAA